AUGCCAUUUUCUGGUGAAUAUUUGCAAACUGUUUUAGUAUUUGGAGAAUGGUAUUAUAUUUAUGAUACCUUCAUGAUUUACAAAUUUUUAUCUUUAGGAAAAAAAAUUGUGUACCCAAAAGAAGCAUCAAAUAUACAUUAGAUGCUGUUGAAAAAGGUCAACAUAGCAAUGCUGGUUCCAGCUCUAGUAAAUCUAUUAGUCAAGUUCGAAAGCCUUCCUCAAUACAACGUCGAUUCCCUCAAAAUACUCUAUUGUCGCUCAUCGCCUUUGCAUCCAAAAAUUGAAAACGAAGUCAAGAAAAGAUUUCCGAACCUAAAAAAGGUGCUACAAGGCUAUGGAAUGACGGAAAGAGGCGAAGUGACGUCAGAAACUUGGUGUAACAAGGAAGCGCCUGGCAGCGUUGGUAUGGCUGCCCCUGGUAUUAUUUUAAAAGUAGUGCAACUGAAGACGAAUAAAAUUGUAGGGCCCAAUGAAGAGGGUGAAAUUCGUAUAAAGGGUCCUGGUCUUAUGAAGGGCUACUUAGGGAUUGAUCCUUCUCAGUAUUUAGACGAAGAGGGUUUUCUCAAAACUGGAGAUCUGGGGUACUAUGAUAAUGACAAAUACUUUUAUGUCAUUGAUAGAAUCAAAGAAAUCAUAGCCUUUAGGGGAUAUAAGGUACUCCCGUUGGAACUAGAAACAAUUCUCCAAGUUCACCCAGAUGUUCAGGAAGCUGGUGUUGUAGGAAAAUCUGAUCCCGAUGAUAUUGAAUUGCCGACCGCAUUUGUAGUAAAGAAACAAGGUUCAAGCAUCACACAACAGGAACUAGUGGAUUACAUAGCUGAAGAGGUACCUCCAUACAUGCUGCUAAAAGGUGGUGUAAUAUUUACAUCGAAACUGCCGAGAAACUCCCGAGGAAAACUUUUGCGUCGCGAAUUAAGGGAACUGUUGACUCGUUCAAAAGAGUACUGCGAGGUAUUUUGGCUGUGGCUCAUGACUUUAGGCGAAGGGAAAGAAGGUAGAACUGGUUUAGAGUUUGCAAAUUACUACAUGGGCACCUCCAUGAAGACAUUGUACGUAUUUGUUAAAGACCAGGCCGAGUACACUUCAGUUGAAUCUGAUGACAAUAAAGAAGCUGACAAAGACGAGAAAUUAGUUAACGAAUCAGAUGAAAAUGAUGAUGUGGCUGCGAGUUCUGACUCGGAAGAUAGAGCGCACCGAAGCACUAAGGGUAUAAAUCCCGAAGAAUUUGAACCAGAACGAAUACCUACAGGAGUUCAUGGUCGUGGAAGAGAAUCUGACAGUGAUUCAGGUAUAUUUGCAUUUAACAUGCGUUUUGUUUAA